AUGGCUGUGCACUCCAUAUCACGAUGGACCUCCAUCUUCCUCCUGCUAUGCAUCGGCAUCGCCCACGCCCAUACCGUCAUCACAUACCCCGGCUACCGAGGCAACAACCUCCACACAAAUGGCACCGUCGCCGAGGCGAACGGCCUAGGCGUUGCAUGGGAUGAGAAGAACGGCUCAUACAUCUACCCAUAUGGCAUGAUGUGGAUGUAUCCUUGUAAGGCGCACCGUGGCGGCAUGCCUACAUCGCAGAACCGAACGAAAUGGCCCGUUAACGGCGGCGCCCUCGCGAUGCAGCCGGGUUGGUUCCCCGGCCACCAGACUGCCCUGAUCUACGUCAACUUUGGCUUGGGCGAGGUGCCUGAGAACAUGAGCCACCCCGUCGUCCCACCUUUCCAGAUCACCGGUCCAACAAAUGACCCCUACCCUGGCACGAUCUGCCUGCCACAAGUCCCACUGCCGGCCAAUAUCAGUGCACAAAUCGGUGACAAGGCUACUAUCCAAGUGGUGGAGAUCGCAAAGCAUGGUGCCGCACUGUAUAAUUGCGUCGAUAUCGAAUUUGCCGACCCGCAAGACCCGGAUAUCAAGGAUUCCGUGACUCGCGACAAUUGUUUCAACUCUAGCGAUAUCAGCUUCCAAUAUAUGUACACGACAAGUGGUACCGGGUCCGGGGCGGCUAUAAUUACGCCUCCGCAGCAGACCUUGCUUGCAUUGGUACCACUGUUACUAGCGACGCUUUUGGGCUGCCUUGUGUAA